AUGGCCCGUCCUGGUAUUCUUUUGCGCUUUUCUGAGAGGAGGCACCGUAGGGGUUCGAGUCUCAACGGACAUAUCAAGCCGGCGGACGCCACCAGUCCAGUCACUACACCAACACCUAGACCAGUCACACGAGAAAAAUCCUGGAAGCAUCGGUCUUUGGGGUCUAUUACAUCCAUCUUCCAUGGGCACAGCCAGGCGCCACAGAAUAUCUAUGAAAAGCCUGUUGAGGUUAUCAGACAGGAGGAGUACCCUCACAUGAACAAUGGAACCUACCUCGACCACUCGGGCACAACCAUCUACGCCGCCUCAACAGUGACCCGCUUCUCCCACAAAAUGCUCAACAAUCUCUACGGCAACCCCCAUUCAGAAAACAAGCCGGCCAAAGUUUCAGGAGACAUGGUCGACGAGAUCCGCCUCAAGGCGUUGCGCUUCCUCGGCGCAGACCCGGAGCACUUUGACCUGGUCUUCACCGCCAACGCCACGGCCGCUAUCAAACUCGUGGCGGACUCGUUCCGGGAUCUGGCCGAGCAGACGCGCUCCGGCUCUUUUUGGUAUGGCUACCACAGGGAUGCUCAUACGUCUCUUGUUGGCGUGAGGGAGUUCACCCGCAACGGCGAGCACCACGUCUUUGCGCACGAUCAGGAGGUGGAAGCCUGGCUUGAGCACCCUGGGGCUUACCACAGGGCGAUUGACAGGGUGAGCAGCCUGGGCUUGUUCGCCUGGCCAGGCCAGUCGAAUUUGACGGGGAGGAGACUGCCGCUCGAGUGGGCUGGGCGGGUUAGGAGAUUGAGGGAGAUUCAGGGGACGUACACGCUACUGGAUGCGGCCGCGCUGGCGAUGACAUGUGAUAUGACGCGGGUGUUUGGUGACCCGUCUCAAGCACCGGAUUUCACUUGUGUGAGCUUUUACAAGAUUUUUGGCUUUCCGGAUCUUGGGGGGUUGAUUGUCAGGAAGGACUCGGGGCAUAUCUUGACGUUGAGGAAGUAUUUUGGGGGAGGGACGGUUACCAUGGUGAAGACGUUGGGUGGUGGACCGGUGUGGCAUAUUUCCAAGGGGGCGGAGAUGACGGAGGAGGGGGGGUUGCAUGAUGGGUUGGAGGAUGGGACGUUGCCGUUUCAUAGUAUUUUGGCGCUGGGGGAGGCGAUUGAGGUGCAGAGGGAUUUGUAUGGGAAUAUGGAUAACGUGUCGAGACAUGUGACGGGGUUGGUGGCGAGGUUGUAUGAGGGGUUGAGGGGGUUGAGGCAUGGGAAUGGGGGGGAGGUGGUGAGGGUUUAUGAGGAGGGGGGUGAGGAGGUGACGGGGUAUGGGGAUUCGAGGAGGCAAGGGGGGACGGUGGCGUUUAAUGUUUUUGGGGAGGAUGGGGGGGUGGUGAGUUAUGAUCGGGUGGAGGGGUUGGCGAACGAGAGGGGGAUUUAUGUUAGGAGUGGUGGGAUUUGUUGUCCUGGUGGGAUUUUUACUGCGUUGCAGUAUGAGCCGUGGCAGUUGAAUAGAGCCAAAUCGGCUGGGCAUCGGUGUGGUCCCCAUGGUUUAGGUGUAAUCAAUGAUCUCCCGACAGGCGUCGUACGAGCGAGCCUCGGAGCAAUGAGCACAGCCAAAGAUGUCGACACACUCAUCGAGUUCCUACGAGAGAUUUUUGUCACUCCGACUACAACACGAAAACGAGGUCACAGCCGCAAGAACAGCAACAGUAGCACUAUCAGCAACUCUUCUGUAGGGUCUGUAGGGUCAGUAGCGUUUGAGCCCAAGCCUGCUGAGACGUUUGCGGUGCAGGCGCCUCCACGGGUUACUUCGGGGUGCUGCUCCCUUUCAUGACGGUAGUUUGGUAGGCUCUUGGUUUGGCUGGAAUGGUUGUAUAUUUGGGGUGUCAGGUUGGUUAGGAUGGGUUGGUACAUAUGGUGAAUGGAUGGGUCGGUUGGGUGGGUUUUGGUGGUUUACUUGUUGUUUAUGGAUACGGAAGGGUAAUUGUUGAAUACCAUGUUCUGUUUCCCAUCACCUCUCUCUCAUGUGCACAAAGCUCCUGCAAUCUAAUACCUAAAGUCGCGGCCUUGAUGCCAACAAGCUUUUGUCCCGCAAGGAAAGGUCAGGUACUCUGAUGAUCAUCGAGAUCCGAGGAGAAGUGCUUCACCGUG